AUGACAAAAUCCUUACCUCAAAUGCUUCUUAUUCUUUUGAGCCUAGUUACAAUCAUAAGAUCUGAAAACAUCUUUGAUAAACUAGUCAAUAGAUUUUCCAAACCACAAAAGGCAACUAUUAGUUCUUCUUGCCAGGCCGCAAUUACUAGAGUAAACAAGGGACUUUCUAAAAAUUUCAAAGACUUAGUUACGAAAUCAUCAACUUAUCAAAAUGAUACAUCAUUCCCCUCUGAUUAUUCUUCAAUUGCUUCAACUACAUAUACAAAGAACGAAUUAUCUCCAUUCACAAAAGUAAAAUGGGGAAGAUUGAAUACAAUUUGUCCAACCUGUACAAUGUUCGGAACCUAAAACUACAUCAAUGAUAUCUCUUAAGGUUACCUUGGAGAUUGCUAUUUCCUGGCAGGAAUCAGUGCUGUUGCUGAGAACUAAACUAGACUGGAGAAAGCAUUUGUCAAUCCCUCUAUAAAUUGGGGAGGUUUGUAUGCAUUCAACGUCUUCAUUAGAGGAGUCCCCUAUGUAGUUGAUGUUGAUGAUGCAAUCCCAGCAGGCAAAUACGGUAAAGCAUCAAUUUUUGCAGGAAUUGGAUCCGAUAAAUCAAUCUGGGGCCCUCUCCUUGAGAAAGCAUGGUCAAAGGUCAAUGGAAACUAUGAAAGAAUAAGUGCUGGUCAAACAGGAGAGGCUAUUUCUUUCCUCACAAAUGCUCCUUAUUAAUAUUACAACGUUUCUCUUCUUAAUGCACCUUCUAUGUGGAAGUUAAUUAGUGAAGGAGAUGCGAAAGGUUUUGCUAUGUCUUUUAGCACUCCAGGAAAGAGUGAUAAAACUGUAUGUUCACUGAACCUUCCUUGUAAUCAUGCAUACACAAUAAUUGGCACAUAUUAAAUCACAAAGUCUGAUGGAAGCAAACAAAAUCUCUACAAAUUCAGAAAUCCUUGGGGAAUUGACAACUCAUUCUCAGGAUAGUACCAAGAUGCAAGCACUUAUUGGAGCGCUGUAGGUUCUAAUGGAAAAACUUAUGCCUAGUAAGCUGGUCAAACUAAUGCUAAUGAUGGUAUUCUAUACAUCACAGACAAUGAAGCAAUGGGGGCAUUUAAUGGAUUCAAUAUUGCCGAGGUUAGAGAUUCUUUUGUUAACUCAUGGUAUGAUAAAAAAGGUGACACAGUAGCAUCAGCUACAACUCCAGCAGUUUAUACUUUUACUCUUGCUGCCAAUACUCCUCUUAUUCUCUUUGUAAAAACAUAUGAUAGAAGAAUGUACGAGUAGAAUUCUGGUUGCAAAACAGAUUACGCUAUUUUUAAAGUAGUCCUCAAAGAUUCGACAGGCAAAAGUAUAUAAGCUGUUUCAUUUUAUGAGGAUGCUAACUUUUACUUUAACUUCGUAGAUACUCCUCUUGCAAAAGGAACAUACAAGAUUGAAUUUUACCCAACAUGGGGAAAUGUAGAUGUAAAAGACUAUGGAGUUGUUAUUUAAGCACCAGUUAGCAUUGCAAUUUUGGACAGUUCAUCUAAAACUAGCGCUGUCUCACCUCAUGAUUAUUCUAGUAAAAAUCUUAAACCAACAGUUCCUUAGGUAAAGCCAGUAGCCCAACCUCUUCCAGUCAUUAAUUAAACCGGACCUGCUUAUACUCCAAAUGGAACUAUUGCUACUGAUUUAAUUAAUUGUAGAAAUUCAUCUUCAUUCAAAGUGUCCAAUUACAACCACUACUUUUACGGAUCCCAAGUCACCUCAAUUCUCGAUCCAACUAAGAAGACAACAAAGUCUAUGUACUAGAUUAUAUAUCUUCUAGGUACCUAGAAAGAAAAUAUAAUCUUCACGGGUUAGGUCACAAUUAAAACAGCGGUUGGCGGAUAGAUUAGUACAGCUGGAACUGGAAUGAUAUGUUUGAAGUCUACCUCAACAACUGCAAAAGAAGAUACUUUCACUUGCACAUGCAAAAUUGAGAUUGAUUUUUAUCCCAAGGAGUGCAUGGUAGGAAUCUUAUCUCCUUUAGGUAGCUCUUAUUCCUAUGGAGCAGCUUUUUAAUAUUCUUAAGGCUAUUGA